UCACUCUGUCUGUGUCGUCAUUGUUUAUGUGUGUGUGAAAAUGGCGUAUUCGACCCUCGGUGUGUAUGUGUGUCCUGCUGUUGAUCGCGGUAUUGUUUGAUGAUAAAAUGCUUCCUUCUUGAGUUACACUUGCCGGGUGUGUGCGUGUGUGUGCGUGUGUAUGUGUUUGGGGUGGGAACUCGCAUCCCCGUUGUAGCUGCAGUAGACACCAGAAGAGAGGAGGAAGAUACGAUUUCGUUAUUACAUUACCCGACGUAAAGUUUGGCUACAUUCCAUUCAUGCCAAGGAAGAUCACAAGAUGUUUUUAACCCUGAUGGGGAUACCAGCUCAAUAAUUCACCUCCUGUCAUGAAGAACAGUGGUUGCCAUAUCAGAACAUUGCUGGUUGCCAGAUUGGACUGAAUCGGUUGCCAGGUUGGACUGAAUCGGUUGCCAGGUUGGAAUGAAUCGGUUGCCAGAUUGGACUGAAUGAGGCUCUUAGCUUUAUUAAGGAAGCCAGAAAACAGACAGAUGGAUUGACAGACAAACAGAUGGACGGACGGACGGACAGACAGACAGACCGUCGGACAGGCAUGCAAACAGGAAGGCAGAGACAGGCAGAUGGACGGACAGACGGACAGACGGACAGAGUACGGCUGGACAUUGUAAUGAUUGACACCUGAGACAACAGACAACACACGUCUAUAUCAGCAUGAGGAACUGCUGACACCCCCCUCACCUGACUACCAGAGAGAGAAAGACGGAAAGAAGAGAGAACACACUUUUCUUCCUCCCAUUCUCCCAUCCUCCCAUCCUCUCUCCCACUCAACCCAUCUGGACAAGGAGAAACGAUAUUUUCCAGAGAGGAGGAAGUGAACGUCAGAGGAUUUUUUUUUAGAAAAAAGCUCAAGCCCUCUCUUGACCUCUAACCCCUGACCUGUGACCUCAGUAUGUCAGGUCUGCGUGGUAAGCUGCAGCGUGUCCAGUGGCGGUCAGGAUGGCACUCCUUCACCUCCAGAGUCCUCAGGACCAAACCUGUAGAGAGCAUGUUGGACUCUGGGACAGGUGGUACCAGCAGCCAUGGCACCAAACUAGCAAGGGUGUUGUCCACGGUAGACCUGGUGUCACUAGGGGUGGGCAGCUGCGUUGGCACGGGGAUGUACGUGGUCUCCGGGCUGGUUGCUAAGGAGAUGGCCGGACCUGGCGUCAUCGUCUCCUUCAUCAUCGCUGCUGUCGCCUCUAUACUGUCAGGAGUGUGUUAUGCUGAAUUUGGGGUGCGCGUUCCCAAGACAACGGGCUCGGCCUACACCUACAGCUACGUGACAGUCGGGGAGUGUGUGGCCUUCUUCAUUGGCUGGAACCUGAUCCUGGAGUACCUGAUUGGUACAGCCGCGGGGGCGUCGGCUCUCAGCAGCAUGGCGGACUCACUAGCCAAUAAAAGCAUCUCUACGUUUAUGACAACACACAUCGGAACACUCAACGGCCUGGGUAAAGGAGAGCAGUCGUACCCAGACCUCCUGGCCUUGCUGAUAGCAGUGAUAGUGACAGUGAUCGUGGCCCUGGGGGUGAAGAACUCAGUAGGGUUUAAUAAUGUGUUGAAUGUGAUCAACCUGAUGGUGUGGGUCUUCAUGAUGGUGGCCGGACUCUUCUUCGUCAACGGACACAACUGGGACGAUGGAAGGUUCCUACCCUUCGGGUGGUCAGGGGUGAUGCAGGGAGCGGCAACAUGUUUCUAUGCCUUUAUAGGGUUUGACAUCAUCGCUACAACAGGAGAGGAAGCAAAAAGUCCCAACACCUCUAUACCCUAUGCUAUUACUGUUUCACUCAUCACCUGCCUUACUGCAUACGUCUCUGUAUCAGUGAUUCUGACUCUGAUGGUUCCCUAUACAGAGAUAGAUGCAGACGCUCCUCUGAUGGAGAUGUUUGCUGUCCAUGGCUGUUACUUUGCUAAGUACAUAGUAGCAGUAGGUUCUGUAGCUGGCCUGUCUGUCAGUCUCCUGGGCUCUCUGUUCCCCAUGCCACGAGUCAUCUACGCUAUGGCUGGAGACGGUCUGCUGUUCAGGUUCCUGGCCCAUGUGUCUCCAUACACUGAGACUCCAGCACUAGCAUGUGUUGUGUCUGGCUGUCUGGCUGCUCUCCUCUCUCUCCUCGUCUCCCUACGAGAUCUCAUAGAGAUGAUGUCCAUAGGAACACUACUGGCUUACACACUGGUUAGUGUGUGUGUGUUGUUGCUACGCUACCAGCCAGAAUCAGACAUCCACGGCUUUGUGAACUUCCUGUCUGAGGAGCAGUCCAAUAAGAAGAAGGAGGGCGUGUUAGCCGAGUGUGAGAAGGAAGUGUGUUCUCCAAUCAGUGAAGUAGAUGACUACGGAGGACCUCAAACUAACACCUGUGGAGCUAAGAAUCUCCCCUCGCUAGGCGACAACGAGAUGCUGAUUGGUAAACCAGAUAAAACCACUUACACUGCCAGCCACCCGAACUACGGCACCGUCGACAUGGGCUCCGGCAUCGAAUCAGAAGAGUCGGAGGGCGGGAUGUCGUGGAGGCUGAAGAAGCUGAUUGGUCCACGGUACUACACCAUGAGGAUCCGAUUGGGCCUGCCAGGGAAGAUGGACCGGCCCACUCCGGCAACAGGGAAGACAGUUACUGUCUGUGUCCUCCUCCUCUUCCUCGCCGUCUUCAUCUUCAACUCCUUCAUCAUCUUCGGUGCGGCCAGCAUCGGUGAUGGCAGCUGGUGGGCCCUUCUCCUGCUGAUCUUCCUGGUCAUCUUCAUGGCUCUCCUCCUCAUCAUCAUCCUGCAGCAGCCAGAGAACCCUAAGCGACUGCCUUACAUGGCUCCGGCUGUUCCCUGGGUUCCUGCUGCUGCCAUGCUGGUCAACAGCUACCUGAUGUUAAAACUGUCUGCUAUCACCUGGAUACGCUUCGCUGUCUGGUGCUUCCUAGGUAUCCUGAUCUACUUUGGCUAUGGGAUGUGGAACAGUACAUUAGAGAUCAGGUCCAGGGAGCAGGAGGUCCAUGCGUCUACAUACCAGCGCUACGAUGGCCACCAUGCAGGGGUGGACGACGGCUUCUCAGGCUUCAGCGUUGACGACGACCUCUACCCCCCUAGCAACAACGACCCCUGGGCCCCACCAGGCGGUGUUGACGGGUCAGGGCAGGUACCCCCCAAGGCAGAUGAUGAUGAUUGGACGGAUCCGAAGGGAGGAGCUAACAGAGCGCUAGCGGAGGAGGACCCAAUGGAUUUCUGAGAAGAACGGAAUGAUGGACGGAUGGAUGGACUGAUGUUUCCCAGAGGAUUGAUAGAUGUUAUUGUUGUUAACACCUGAAUGUACUGCCUACUGUUGGCUGCCUGCCUGCCUGCUGUGUGUGUGUGUGUGUGUGUGUGUGUGUGUGUGUGUGUGUGUGUGUGUGUGUGUGUGUGUGUGUGUGUGUGUGUGUGUGUGUGUGUGUGUGUGUGUGUGUGUGUGGGUUCCUUGUUACAUACUUUCAGUAGUUUUUUUUAGUUUUUUAUAUCCCUUUCAUUGAGUUCCAAAGGAAAUAUGAUCCUAUGGAGGAAAGCUGUAGACUACAAAUUACAAACAGUGGAAGGGGUCUUUGGGUUGAUUUGGUGAUGGGCAUACAGUGAAUGUAUUUUCCUCUCACUAUAGACAGUCCAGAGUUAUGACAGACUGGGAGCGAGUCAGCAUUUCCUGGUUCACCACACACAUAGAAAGCUGUCAGAGCGCUGAGCCGAGGUCACUUACUGUCACUGGUCCAGUUGUCUCAGCUGCUUCUCUCAUCUUACAGAGAAGAAACCAGCUACACACACACACACAGACACACACCCACCUCUCCAGUCUCUAUCUAGGAAGGAGGGGGGCUGAUGGUGUUUUUGGACUUUGCUUGCAAUAGUGCCUUCAUCUGUGUGUGCACGUGUGUGCGUGUAUGUUUUUCUUUGGGCUGUGUGUGUGUGCAUGCGUGCGUGUGUGUGUAUGUGUGUGUGUAUGCUUUUACACCUUGUAUCUAUGUCCCCUUUAGGGUCUUAGGAGUGAAGUGUGUUUGUGACUUCUUUUGCUCCAUCCCACUCUCUCUGAAUUCUCACCCAUUCUCACCCCCAAGCCCCUGUUGCUGCAUUGCUAGAGCUCAGAAUUAAAAGGUUCUAAAUGACAGUUUUUUUCUAAACAGAGUUAUGGACACCACCAUGCUCUAAACAAUGUUCUCUACCUACAUCUCAAAAUUAAUGUUACUAUGUUAGAAAGAAGACGAGAUAAGAAUUGCUCUCAAGAUAAGAAUUGCUCUCACAUAAGCCAAAUAUCUCUGAAUGUUUAGUCACAUAGAACCCUCUAAUUCUAAGGUCUCUACCCCCUUGGGGAAGCCUUAUCUGUUAAAUGCACUGAACUGAAGAUGCCACGCGACCCUUCCUACUCUCCUCGACCCCUAACCGCUGACCUCCAUCCCUAACUUCACCACCCAGGGUUCUCUCUGCUGUUCAGGCGUGGGCUCGCUUGUGUUGUCCAGUGAAACACACACAUACAUACACAUACGCACACAAACACACACACACAUACAGUUCAGCUGAACCCAAAACCAGAAAGGGGCUUCAGUAGGUACUCUGUGCUCCUUAGUUGUACUGUAAAUAUUAUGUCUCUGUGUGUGUGUGUGUGUGUGUGUGUGUGUGUGUGUGUGUGUGUGUGUGUGUGUGUGUGUGUGUGUGUGUGUGUGUGUGUGUGUGUGUGUUCCAUGCCUGUGGCUAUGUGACGUGGCUGGCUGGUGAAUGUGAUAGCAUGCUAAUUUGUAUAGCAUGGUUGUAGAUGUUGUAUUUGCAUGUGGUGACCGACGGCCAAGAGACAUCAUAGAACUAACAACACCCUACUCCAAACUGACCCCUGACCCCUGACCCCUGACAAGGGAAACUAUAGGGCGAAGGGGACAGGUCGAUCUGGACCUGGGGUAUGAUAUGUAGCAAAUUUAGGAGGUGGUGGUUGAGGGGUUCUUUGGUAUCAUUCCCACCACUAACUCCACCCCUUACCCCCACACCUGUGUUUACAAAGCAAGCCAAAGUCCACAACGUUUGUUAACUUUGUAGAGAACAAAACAACCAUGAGAAUCCAUUAGACUAGACUAUAGACCUGUAUAAUAGAUUGAAGUCACUCACGGUAUAUUAAAGGGUUACACCGUAACCCUAUACGUUCUGCUUAUAAACUGUUCAUAAUCAUUAUAACAGGGUUUGUUUAAGUCAAAUUGAAUUAUGAACGUUAACUAUUCAAUCAGGAUUCACCUGGAACCAAGUAUAAAAAGACCCAAAUAAUUCAAUUUUUCUAUUGAUAUUGAUACAGUUUACUAAGGGUUAACUGCAUAUCUAAUGAUGGUUUAGAAGCCGUUUCUAAGCAGAAUUCAAGUUUUACUGAAGACACUUGCUAAAGUAGACACAUGCAAUUACAUUCACUAGCUGGAGUAAAUACAUACAGUUAUAUCCAACAGCAUCGACACAUAAACAUGAGGAAAAACUAUCAAACAAAAAUAGGAGUAAACAAAAAAAAAACUAAUUAUUUUUCUACUGCUGGGUCACGCCUACACCUAUGGUCCUCCAAUGGUUGGCCUCCACAGUAAGUGGGUGAGGUUUAUUCACUUUCACUUCCUGUAUUUCGCCCAACAGAGCCCAGCUUGGGAGGAAAUGGUGAAAGCUUAUAUUUUUAACUACUUCCAUCUCUCUAGUCCUAUAAGGCUAAGUUAAAAACAUUUUAUCUUUUCUUUUAAAGAUCUUAUAACAUUUAUUCCAGUCUAAAGUAGGCAAAUUAGAAGGUUUAGACCAAAAACAAUAUAAAAACAAUAAAACACUAUUUUAUUACAACACUAAAGAGAAUGUUGCCACUGUUGCUUUUAAAGUCAGACCUGCUGUUUGUUUGUUUAUUUUGUCUCGGAGGAGAAGGUGUGCCAUGUUUCUGUCCACUUCCUGGUAUUCAAUCAUAAUGCAUUCCAGUUUGAACCGCACAGAACGUCAACAAUCCUCCUAACAGCUUCCUAAAGUCCGUUUAGGGACGGGUGAUAUAAAUUAACGCCAGCUAUCCACAUUGGUUCAAUUGCUGGUUUUUUCAAUAGGUCAAUGAAAUGCGCUGCGAUUGAAUUCCUGCCUCUAUCUCUCUCCUGUGGCUGGGUGUCUUUGUGGGUUGUUGAGACUGGCUUCUGUUUGCUGACUAGAUAUUUGUUUUUCUUCUGUAUAUUUUUGGUAUCUGAAGUUGUGAAAUGUUCUGAUGUAUUUGGGGUUUUCUGUUGGUGUUUUAAUAUAGUUUUUUCUCCAUGACUUGGUCUGAAAUGACACCCUAUCAGGACUCUGGCCAAAAGUAGUGCACUUUUAAAGGAAUAGGGUGUAGUUUGGGAGUCUGGCCCUGUGUGUGUUUCUGCUCCUGAGUGCGCUUGUUUAAGCUGAGUUCUCGGUAUCGCCUCCAUGCAACAAUGAAACAUUAUUUAUUGCAAAUAUGAA